CACCCAGGCAUGAACCAUAAAAUGAGCCGCACACUCACCUUCCCGUCAGUCUAGUCUGUUUCGGGAGCUGAGUAGUGAGAACAUGUCCAACCUCCGUGUGUACUUCAUGGCGCUGACACUGGGUGGUCUGCUGGGGGGAACGACAGCGCGGGGUCGCCACGUGCAGGAGGUGGAGGCGGUUACAGGCGGGCAUUACUCGCUCCGGUGCCCGGCUGAAGCCAAGUCAGGCGUCAACUACACCUCACUGCGAUGGUACAAGCUUCCCGGCGGCCCCGUGGAGAAAUACGUCGACUCGGAGCGCGAGGUGGACCUGCUGGACCGGACCUUGUCCCUGCACAACGUGACGUGCGCCGACGCUGGCGUGUAUGCGUGCCGACUGGAGGCACCUGCAGGAGAGCGGAGCAGGAAGGGGGAGGUUCUUCUCACCUUGUCAGAUUGUUCUGACAGAGACUGGCGACAAAUAUGGACGGACACGCAGAUCAUUUUCGCCUCAGUAGUGCUUUUGUUUGCACUUUUUGUCUUCCUGUUAGCGUAUGGCAGUUUUAAGACGAUCCACCAAGACAGAAAGAAGACAACCAGACCAAAGAUCUCCCUGGACGCUCCACUUCAGCCGCUUGACAAGAAAGACUUGAUCUUAAUCUCCACUUUAGGUCCUUCAUGUUCUCCCAGAAAGUCCACCAUGAAGCACAUGUGUGUUUAGUCAAGUGUGGACCAAUAUCACUCUUGACAAGACACACUAGUAUCGCCCUCGAUGAAUGCACCCCCUGAUCCAAAAAUACUUGAAUGAUAUGUUGCAAAACAUAAACAGAGACAAUAAAUAUUUAUUAUUUUUACGCAUUUUUUUGUUUAGUGUGAAGUAUUUGUGUACACCAAGUGUAUAUUUGUCAAUGUUGUGUGUGUCAUCACACACAUAAUGUGUCAUGUCAGGAAAGUGUCAUGUUUACUCUUGCAUCAGAGUCCAUGCAGGCUGGUUGUUGACGAAUGAAGUGACUCAGAAGUGGAAAUGUCCUGACAUUAAAACUCAUCUUUAAUAAAUUCCCCUCGCACUGUACGCACCUUC